UUGUCAGACGGGAAUAACACACGUGUCUGAGGGAACGGUUGAAAGAGCAUGAACGUUUGGUCCUGGCUGACAGAGAGGCCCAAGAAAAGACACACAAGCUUUCAUACCGACGCUUUCUGUUUAGUGUCUAAUCAUUAACAGUCAGUCAGGCGACAUUACUGUUUCCGGCGCGCGGAGCAGGACAACGGUCGGAGCGCGAACUGACCGUGAAGGAGCGCCAACACACGGGGUGAACGAAGAAAGUUCUCGGUCUGUGUUCCCGGGCCUGUGUGUGUGGUGUAUGUGUGUGUGUACACCCACUCGUUGCAUUAGGAGCUUGUUACUAAGUUAAUUUAUUAUCGCUAGUACACUGAAGGACUGGUGAGGGUUUAUUCGGACGUCAUGGCGGACUACCUGAUCAGCGGGCAGACCGGUUACGUCCCCGAGGAUGGGCUGUCGGGACAGCAGCUGUUCAACGGAGGAGACGGGCUCACAUACAAUGACUUCCUGAUUCUCCCAGGCUACAUUGACUUCACAGCAGACCAAGUGGACCUGACCUCAGCGCUCACCAAACAAAUCACCAUGAAAACACCCUUCGUCUCGUCUCCUAUGGACACCGUCUCAGAGGCCAACAUGGCCAUUGCUAUGGCAUUAACAGGUGGCAUCGGCUUCAUCCACCACAACUGCACUCCAGAGUUCCAGGCUAAUGAAGUUCGCAAAGUCAAGCGUUAUGAGCAGGGCUUCAUCACGGACCCUGUGGUGAUGAGCCCCAAUGAGCGUGUUCGGGACGUCUUCCAGGCCAAGGCUCGCCACGGCUUCUGUGGAAUCCCCAUCACAGACAACGGCAAAAUGGGCGGCAAGCUGGUGGGCAUUAUCUCGUCCAGAGACAUUGACUUCCUGAAGGAGGAGGACCACAACCUGCCAUUGAGUGAGGUGAUGACAAAGCGAGAGGAUCUAGUGGUCGCGCCUGCUGGAGUGACACUUAAAGAAGCCAAUGAAAUUCUCCAGAGAAGCAAGAAAGGAAAGCUGCCCAUAGUAAAUGAAGAGGGCAACCUGGUGUCCAUCAUCGCCCGCACAGACUUGAAGAAGAACAGAGACUUCCCUCUGGCCUCCAAAGACUCGCGCAAACAGCUGCUGUGUGGCGCUGCCAUCGGCACCCACAAUGACGACAAGUACCGUCUGGACCUGCUGGUGCAGAGCGGGGUGGAUGUAAUUGUAUUGGACUCGUCUCAGGGCAACUCAAUCUUCCAGGUCAACAUGAUCAAAUAUAUCAAAGAAAAGUAUCCAAGCCUACAGGUCAUCGGAGGCAAUGUGGUGACUGCAGCUCAGGCCAAGAACCUGAUAGAUGCAGGAGUGGACGGGCUGAGAGUGGGGAUGGGCAGCGGCUCCAUCUGCAUCACACAGGAAGCUCCCCCCAGUGUACCACCAGCAAUAAGGCUCCACAGCCCCAAAACCCCAACCACUGUUACAGGAUACUCCAUGCUGGCGUGCGGCAGACCCCAGGCCACAGCUGUCUACAAAGUAUCAGAGUACGCCAGGCGUUUUGGCGUGCCAGUCAUUGCUGAUGGCGGCAUCCAGACUGUCGGACACAUUGCCAAAGCCUUGGCACUGGGAGCAUCCACAGUGAUGAUGGGCUCUCUGCUGGCUGCUACCAGUGAAGCUCCUGGUGAAUAUUUCUUCUCUGAUGGCAUCAGGUUGAAAAAAUACCGCGGCAUGGGCUCCCUGGAUGCCAUGGACAAAAACCUGGGCUCUCAGAGCAGAUACUUCAGUGAGAGCGACAAGAUUAAAGUUGCUCAAGGUGUUUCUGGAGCGGUGCAGGACAAAGGCUCCAUCCACAAGUUUAUUCCCUACCUGCUGGCUGGCAUUCAGCACUCCUGUCAGGACAUUGGAGCCAAAAGCCUCACACAGCUCAGAGCCAUGAUGUACUCUGGGGAUCUGAAAUUUGAAAGGAGAACAACGUCAGCUCAGAUGGAGGGUGGAGUCCACAGCCUGCACAGUUAUGAGAAACGUCUGUUUUGAGAAGAAACCAGCCGUUUUGCCGUUGAGCCUGCAGAUGAAGAUUCUUUCCAACAGACACAAUAUGCAAAAACACUAUUUGCCGGACCCUCUUACAUCCAUACUGAACACAAACACCUGCCGAAGUUCUCAUAGAAACUAGUCUUUAAAGAUGAGCUCUCACACACACUGUAUUCUUCCAAGGAUCCAUCAGUCUUCCUGCCAGUGUCAUCUAUGCAUUGUCUUUGUCUUUCUGUGUGAAGGAGGGGAACUGAGCAUUUAUCAAUCAGUGCACGUGUGAUUGACUCCUCCAAUGCCUUUCAUGUUGUGAUUCAAAUUAAAUGUCUGGUGUGUCCAUUUUAAGGCAACAAAGUUGUCCAGUAAUAAAACUCGUGUUUUUCCACAA